UGGCUAUGUAUUUGAUACAACAUAAUACCAUGAAAUGAACUCAUAUGGUAAACCUAUAAACAAUAGAGGCCUAACAACAUACUGAGAUUCACUGACAAAGUGACAAGUACGGCCUGGUUAAAUUGUAUUCCUGUUCUGUGUUAUUGGGACAACACAAAGGCAGUCUGAAAGAAUAUGGAACAUGGUUUACCGUCUACGACCAAACCAUCACUUGUUAAGAAAAGAAACAACGCUCAAGAUGUGAGUAAAUCCUGGUGGAGAAUAAAGUCCUUCUUGGCUCUCAUAUGUACAGCACUUUUGAUCUUUUGGUAUAAGACCACACAUAUUCAAUUCGAAGAUACAGAUCUAGAAGAAUCAGAUUAUCCCAUUGACAUGGCUAAGGAAUCAGAACCAGUCGAUCAGAAAUUAAAAGGCUUGCCUCGUGGUAUCAUAGAGCCUAGAACGGACCUCGAACUGAAGCCUCUCUGGUCUAGUAGUAGUUUGAGGUCAAAGGGUGUAGAAAUGACUAACCGUAACUUGUUGGCCAUACCCGUAGGAAUUAAGCAAAAGAGUAACGUUGACGCUAUUGUAAAGAAGUUUCUUCCAGCGAAUUUCACGGUUGUUCUGUUCCACUACGAUGGUAAUAUGGAUCAAUGGUUGGAUCUGGAGUGGAGUUCAAAGGCCAUACAUAUAGUUGCACAGGACCAGACUAAAUGGUGGUUUGCGAAACGAUUUCUCCAUCCUGAUGUUGUAUCAAUUUAUGAUUAUAUAUUUAUUUGGGAUGAGGAUCUUGGAGUAGAGAAUUUCUCACCAGAGAGGUAUUUGGAGAUAGUUAAAUCAGAGGGACUGGAGAUAUCUCAACCGGCUUUGGACUCAAACUCUAGUGGAAUCCACCACAAAAUCACAGUCCGUUCUAGUUCAGAGAUAUUUCAUAGGAGAGUUUACAUCAGUAAAGGCAAUAGAAAGUGUUCUAACGCAAGCGUAGAUCCUCCUUGCACAGGAUUUGUUGAAGGAAUGGCUCCGGUGUUUUCAAGAGCUGCUUGGUUUUGCACUUGGAAUCUUAUACAGAAUGAUUUGGUUCAUGGAUGGGGGAUGGAUAUGAAACUAGGAUAUUGUGCACAGGGAGAUAGAACGAAGAAUGUGGGGAUCGUGGAUAGUGAGUAUAUAUUUCAUCAAGGCAUUCAAACUUUAGGUGAAAGUGGACACUCUGAGAAGAAGAGACAUGGCCAUAAUUCGAGAACCUCGAUAAGGAGGCAAUCGACAUGGGAACUUCAAACAUUUGAAGAAAGAUGGAACAAAGCGGUGGAACAAGAUAAGAACUGGAUCAAGAGUAAUAACAGAAGAUUAAGGCACAAGAGAACUCAAGAGACAGCAACACCACACCAGCAUGAACACACAUCUAGCAUAAGAAAGAUGAUUAAUACACAUAGCAAUUGCUUCCAAAGCAUAGAUGUUGACAAUAUUGUAUUUAAAAAAACAAUAAUGACUUAGAUACUGAUCAGAAAAUACAAGUAAAGUAUAAUUCCAAGGUGUUGUAAAAAGGUAAAAAGUAAAAACAAAAUACUGUCCGUGGUGACGCUGUAAAUAAUAACGUGAUUUGAAAUCA